AUGGGUGAGGAUAGCCAAGCGUCCGUACCGGAUGAUAGAGCAAUUUGGGCAGAAGAAGCUGGAAAAGUGAGACUCGGUGGCCGAAAAUUUACUACUCCGGACAGUGAAAGAACUGGAAGAGCGAAGGGUACGCGUAGUCACAACGUCGAAAAGUGCGCUCUUUCAGCAACGGGACUGUGCUUUUUCGGGCGCAUGCAGUUCGUUGAAAGAUGCGCAGUGUUUCAGGUUGAGACGGGUAUAACAAAAGAACUGGGAUGA